AGCAGAACGAUAUAACACGAUACAUUAGGUAUUCCACCAGAGGAACGAUCGCAUUAGACUGUCUACCUGAGGAACGUACACAUUGACAGUAAAGAUGGUUAUUUGUAAAAAAUGGACAUUGGCCAAAAAGUUCCAUGGAAAACCUACCCCUGCCGAUUUUAAACUGGUGGAUGAGGAGAUAUCGGAAAAUAUUAAUGAUGGAGAGGUACUCUGUGAGGCAGUAUGUCUGACCGUGGAUCCAUACAUGAGAACGGCAGAAGCUAUGAAUGGUGUUGGAAACACGAUGUUUGGUGAACAAAUUGCAAAGGUUACAGUCAGUAAGAAUCCUAAGUAUCCCGUUGGGACAAUUGUUCGAUUGAUGUCUGGUUGGCGCUCACACACCUUGGUAAAAGACGCUGAGAAAGAGAUCCGACGAUCUGCCGAGAUGAGUGAUCUCCCUUUAUCUCUUAUGUUGGGAGUCAUGGGAAUGCCGGGGAUGACAGCUUAUUUUGGCUUCCUGGAAAUAUGUCAACCAAAAGCAGGAGAAACCGUCUUGGUCAGCGGCGCUGCAGGGGCAGUCGGAAGUUUAGUGGGACAAAUCGCUAAAAUUAAGGGAUGCAAAGUGAUUGGAUUUGCAGGAAAUGACGAAAAAUGUGAAUGGCUGAAGAAAGACCUGGGUUUUGAUUAUGUUUACAACUAUAAAAAAGUUGAUAUAGAUACGGCUCUCAACGAGGCAGCCCCAGAAAAUAGCAUAGAUUGUUACUUUGAUAACGUAGGUGGGAUGUUCACUGUUAAAGCUCUAAAUCACAUGAAGACGUUUGGGCGAGUUUCAAUCUGUGGCUCAAUAGCUAAUUAUAAUAGUACUGAAGUUCCAACAGGGCCAUUACCAUUCAUUAACAUCUUAAAAUCUCAGUUGAGAGUGGAAGGAUUCAUAGUAAUGCGCUGGUAUCAAAGAUGGCAGGAAGGUGAAAAAGCAAUGUUGCAGUGGAUAAAAGAGGGAAAAAUAAAAUAUAAGGAACACAUUACCAAAGGAUUCGAAAAAAUGCCGGAAGCCUUUAUGGGUUUAUUCGAAGGAAGCAAUUUCGGGAAAGCUAUUGUCAAAGUUUGAAUACAUUUUGAACGCAUUUUAAAACCCAGUUAAAGAAAAUUACAUUCCUGAAAAUUGGAUGGAGCUCGUUAGGACUCGAUAUAUCGGCGAUUUACAGUUUUAGAAGUUAUAUUUCAGCUUAUUUCAUUAGAUAAAAAAUGUUUACAACACAAUGAAUAAUAAACAAUGAGCUUGAAAGAUUUAGAUUGAAAAAAAAUCAAUUGAUCUAGAA